CUCGGAACCUUUCCACCAAUCUCAACACAAACAUAAAAGCUCGCUACACGGAAAACAGGAUGGAGCUGGCGCACAGUCUGCUGCUGAAUGAAGAGGCCCUGGCUCACAUCACUGAAGCCAAGAGAGCCGUCUUCGUCUUCGAGUGGCUCCGCUUCCUGGAUAAAGUGCUCAUAGCUGCCAACAAGGUGGAUGUGAAGGAGAAGCAGAAGAAGCUGGUGGAGCAGCUGACGGGUUUGAUCAGCAGCUCUCCCGGGCCGCCCACCAGGAAACUGCUGGCCAAGAACCUGGCUGUGCUCUACAGCAUCGGAGACACCUUCACCGUCUUCCAGACGCUCGACAAGUGCAACGACAUCAUCCGGAGCAAAGACGACACCGCCGCGUAUCUGCCCACUAAACUCAAUAAGCCACAAGACACUGUGCAUUAUACAAGGUGUUUGUUAGAGCUGCAGAACGAGGCCGUGUUCAUCUGGACCACUGAACUGGAGAAUGUGGCCACGCUGUGCUUUAAAGCUCUUGAAGGCUCUACGUACAGUGUGCGUGUGUCUGUAUCCACACUGCUGGGAACCGCCAUGGCCACAGCGCUCAUGCCCAAACAGGCCACAGUCAUGCGUCAGAACGUGAAGCGGGCGACUCUAGAGGAGGUUCUGGAGCUGAUGGCCACAGGCUUCCUGCGAGGAGGCUCUGGCUUCCUGAAGAGCGGAGGAGAGAUGCUGAAAGGAGCGUCAGUCAGCCGAGAGGUGCGAGUCGGAGUCACGCAGGCGUAUGUUGUGUUCGUCACCACUCUGGGCGGGCAGUGGCUGGAGCGUAACUUCGCAGUGUUUCUAUCGCACCUGCUGGAGCUGGUGGCUCAUCCGCGGGCCACGCAGACUCACGUGGAGGCUGUGUAUUCACGCCGCUGCGUAUCCUUCGCCUUGCGGGCGUCGCUGGGCGGUCUGCUCGGUGAAAAAGCUCAAAUAGCUGCUGCGAAGGAAAUCUGCCUGGCCAUCAGCAAACAGAUGAGAGCCGUGGAGGCUGUAGUGAAUGACCCCAGCAGUGAGAACCGGGCCGGGGCCGCAGACGUGUCGGCCAGUCAGCAUGUGAUGGUGUGUGCUCUGAAAGAGCUGGGCAGUUUGGUCCAGAGUCUGAGCGCUACAGCGUCCCCUCUGAUCCAGGAGCCAUCUGUCGGUUUUUUAGAGACGGUCACAUCCGUGCUGCUGCACCCGAGCAUGGCUGCGCGUCUGGCUGCGGCCUGGUGUCUGCGCUGCGUCGCUGUAGCUCUGCCACACCAGCUCACGCCUCUCCUGGAGCGCUGCGCCGAGUGCAUCAACAACCUGAAGAACUCGCCCGAGGCUGUGAGCGGCUACAGCUUCGCCAUGGCGGCUCUGCUGGGAGGAGUGCAUCAGUGUCCUCUGGGCAUCCCGCACUCCAAGGGCAAGAUGGUGGUGAGUAUAGCUGAAGAUCUGCUGCGCUCUGCAGCCCAGAACAGCCGGCUGUCUCUCCAGCGCACUCAAGCGGGCUGGCUGCUGCUAGGAGCCCUCAUGACCUUAGGACCGUCUUUAGUGCGCUACCACCUGCCGAAGAUGCUGCUGCUGUGGCGUAACGUGUUUCCUCGCUCUCAGAAGGAGCUGGAGCUGCAGCCCAACAGCGCGUCAGGCAGCGGCGCUCUCGAACACGACCCGUCCUCCAUUUACCUGCGCGUACCUGCAGUGGAGGCCGUGCCCGGACCGCUGCCCCUGGGGGUGUCUGUGAUCGACGCCUCGGUCGCUCUUUUCGGAGUCGUCUUUCCUCACGUCUCUUUCAAACACAGGUUGCAAAUGCUGGAUCACUUUGCUGAAUGCAUUAAACAAGCUAAAGGCGUCCGUCAGCAGGCCGUGCAGUUGAACAUAUUCACUGCGGUGCUGAGCGCUCUCAAGGGUCUGGCUGAGAACAAGAGCAGUCUCGGCCCGGAGGAGGUGCGUAAAUCAGCUCUAGCGCUGGUGAUGGGCGCGCUGGACAACCCCAACCCCAUCCUGCGCUGCGCUGCUGGAGAGGCUCUGGGCAGGAUGGCUCAAGUCGUGGGAGAAGCUUCUUUCAUCGCCAGGAUGGCACAGCACAGCUUUGACAAGCUGAAGUCGGCGCGUGACGUGGUGUCCAGGACGGGUCACUCUCUGGCUUUAGGCUGCCUGCACCGUUAUGUGGGCGGCAUUGGGUCGGGCCAGCACCUCAAGACCAGUGUUAGCAUCCUGCUGGCCCUGGCUCAAGACGCCACGUGUCACGAGGUCCAGACGUGGGCGCUGCACUCUCUGGCUCUCAUCGUGGACUCCAGCGGGCCCAUGUACCGUGGUUAUGUGGAGCCCACGCUGUCUCUGGUGCUGACGCUGCUCCUGACGGUCCCCCCCUCACACACAGAGGUGCAUCAGUGUCUGGGCCGCUGUCUCGGAGCGCUCAUCACCACCGUGGGCCCAGAACUACAGGGGAACAGCGUCAGCAUCUCUACGAUUCGCUCGUCGUGUCUGGUGGGCUGCGCCAUCAUGCAGGAUCACUCGGACUCUCUGGUCCAGGCAGCGGCAAUCUCCUGCCUGCAGCAGCUGCACAUGUUCGCACCGCGACACGUCAACCUGUCCAGCCUGGUGCCCAGCCUCUGUGUGCAUCUGUGCAGCUCUCACCUGCUGUUACGGCGGGCCGCAGUGGCGUGUCUCCGGCAGCUGGCUCAGCGCGAGGCUGCAGAGGUCUGUGAAUACGCCAUGAGUCUCGCCAGGAAGGCUGGAGACGGCAAAGACAGCACCAGCAUCAAUCUGAACAUCACAGAGACGGGUUUGGAAGGUGUUCUGUUUGGAAUGCUGGACCGGGAGACGGACAGGAAGUUGUGCUCGGACAUUCAUGACACGUUAGGUCACAUGCUCUCGUCUCUGGCUGUGGAGAAACUUCCUCACUGGCUCAAGCUCUGUAAAGAUGUUCUGGCAGCUACUACAGAGGUCGGUGGGACGGUUGCGUCUGUUGGCAGAAGGAAGGACGAGGAGGAGGACUCUGAGAAGAAGGAUGAGAUGGAUGAUGACAUCAUGUUCACUUCUCUGGGUCAGGAUGACAAGAGCAAGCCGUCCGUGGCGCCUCGCUGGGUUACACGAGUGUUUGCUGCCGACUGUCUGUGCCGUAUCAUUCAUCUGUGUGAGAAUGCAGACAAGGCCCACUUUGACCUGGCUGCUGCGCGUGUCACCAAGGCUAAAAACCCUGAAGGUGACUUCCUGGUGCUGCACUUGUGCGAUCUGAUCCGCAUGGCCUUCAUGGCUGCCACAGACCACAGUAACCAGCUGCGCAUGGCUGGUCUGCAGGCGCUCGAGGACAUCAUUAAGAAGUUCGCCGCUGUGCCGGAGCCAGAGUUCCCUGGUCAUGUGAUACUGGAGCAGUACCAGGCUAAUGUUGGUGCUGCACUCCGACCAGCCUUUUCCCCAGAUACACCGUCAGACAUCACUGCCAAAGCCUGCCAGGUGUGCAGCACAUGGAUAGGCAGCGGUGUUGUCAGUGACCUCAAUGACCUGCGGCGCGUCCACAACCUCUUGGUCUCCUCUCUGGACAAAGUCCAGACUGGCAAGAGCCCAUCCAGCCAGCUGUACAGUGAGAGCGCCACUACUAUGGAGAAGCUCGCUGUGCUGAAAGCUUGGGCCGAGGUGUUCGUCGUGGCUAUGAACAUAAAGAAGGAGUCUCAGUCCAAGCCGGCGCGUCCUCCUCAGGGUGAGGAUGAGGAUGAGGGAGAUGAAGGAGACGUUCUUCCUCCAGACAGCCUGAUGACGUUAGUUCAGCCGGAGCUGCCGUCUCUCAGCCGUCUGUGGCUGGCGGUGUUGAGAGACUAUGCGCUGCUCACUCUGCCGGCUGAGUUCUCCAGUCAGCUGCCGCCUGAAGGAGGGGCUUUCUACACUCCUGAGACCAUAGACACAGCGAGGCUUCAUUACCGUAGCUCCUGGGCGUCUGUGCUGCACGCGGAGGCCCUGUGGCUCAGCAGCACAGGCUUCGGUUCAGCUGAAGACACUGGACCUGUAGUGGUCUCUGCUCCGGGGAACAGCACUGAUGGCCUAGUGAAAGACCGAUUGCACCUUCUUUUGGGCAUCAGCAUCGAGUUCCUGUGUUUCCCUCGGGCCGAGGAGCCCAUCGAGGAUGUGAUGUCGUGUCUGCAUGCUCUCUGCACGCUGCUGGACUCACCGAGCGCUCGGACGCACAUCGCAGAGGACCAGCUGCUGGCUGUGGAGCUGCUCAACGUGCUUCACCGGCUGUUAUUGACACGCGACCCACCCAGCGUGCAGCUGCAGGUGACGACUGUCGUGCAGAAAACCAUCCGUGCAGCCCAGGAGCAUCUGGAGCACAUCAGGAGCAGCAAGAGUAGGUGGUGGUGUAUGACUGCCUGUGCUGAGCGAAGCAUGACCAUCUUGCCCACGGUGCUCUUCCUGAUCACUGGUGUGCUGAGAGACACCGCGGUAAAGACGUCAGAUAACUCGGUCCCUGCGCCGGUGUCUGCGUCUCUGCAGGCCAUCAAAACCAUCCUCAGCUCUCCGCUGGCAGCCAGGAGCCAGACGCAGUGGAGCGCGCUGGUCAGGAGCAGUCUGGCCACCGUCCUCCAGCACUCACAGCCAGACGCGUGCGGAGUCAGCGUGGAUGAGGUCAGUUUGCUGACGGCCGUCACACUGUUUCUGCUGUCGGCCAGCGGUGCUCUGGUGGGCGUCUCCGUCCUGCAGACAGGCUGCAUCGAGCGCUUCAGACACGGACUCGACUCUGCUGAUCCCUGGACUCAGGCCCGCUGUUAUCAGCUGCUGCUGUCUGUCUUCCAGCACUCGUGUCGCAGUCUCUCCACACCCUACAUUCACUCGCUGGCUCCGGUGCUGGUGGAGAAGCUGAAGGCCAUUGAGCACAGUCGACCGUCCACACCUGCUGAGCUACAGGCCGUACAGGAAGGAGUUAAAGUGUUGGAGAGCCUUGUGGCCAUGGGAGAGGAACACAACCGAGUGCAGUUACUGGCUCUGCUGGUCCCGACCCUCGUUUCAUAUCUGUUGGAUGAUACGACCUUCUCCACGGCCUCCACCUCCUCUAAAGACCUGCAUGAGUUUGCCCUCCAGAACCUGAUGCACACUGGUCCUCUGUACCCUGCUGCCUUCAAGACUGUUAUUGGGGUGGCACCAGAACUCAAGACCCGACUCGAGGCGGCCAUCAGAUCCAGACAAGCCAACAGUAAAGCCAAGACCGCUGCGAGACAGCAGCAGCCGACUGUACAAGCGGCUCCCACCAUCAAACUCAAGACCAGCUUCUUCUAGUCGCUGCACACACCUGUUCAUCCACAGCGCUGCUUCGGAGUCAUAUGGGUGUUGGUUUCUUCCAGUGAAUUCAGUCACCCUUAUGAAGUGAAUAAAGGCUUACAGUGGCAUUGUCAUAAGCUUCGGGUCUGUUAGAAGCAUCUUGUUUGUUUUUUUGGGCACUUUUGAAAUGCACCUAAGGUCAAAAUGAGGAACUUCCUUUUCAAAGCUCACAUAACACCGGUGGAAAUAUUAAAAAUUCCUAUUUACCUGAAUAUUUCCUUGACCACAUUCCCAUGUUUUUUUUUUUUUUACUGUCCUGCUAUGUUGAUGUG